AUGACAUACGUCGCCGUCGAGGCAAUCCUUAUAUCCAUUCUCCUCUUCAUCCCCAACAUCGUCUCCGACGAUACCGUUCCAAUACCUGCCGUCAAGACAGAAUUAAACGGUUGGUUCCAAAGCAAUGUCAAGCCAUCGCCCACCUUAGACCCCGCCCUAGCCACGGCGGAGGCCGGUGCCAAAGUCAUUAAGGUGAAUGCCGAUGGCAGUGGUGAUUUCAAGACUCUGGCCGACGCGGUCAAGAGUGUUCCCGAUGGGAAUACUAAUAGGGUUAUAGUGUCAAUUGGGCCCGGAAAAUAUACUGAGAAGAUCAAGAUUGAGAGGACUAAGCCUUUUAUCACGUUUUACGGUGACGCGGCUAACAUGCCGACGUUGGCUUUCGGCGGUACAUCGGCGGAGUUCGGAACAGUGGAUAGUGCAACUUUGAUAGUUGAAUCUGAUUACUUCAGUGCUGUUAAUAUAAUAAUUGCGAAUACUUCGCCGAGGCCGGACGGCAAAAGGGCGGGAGCCCAGGCACUGGCAUUGAGAAUCGGAGGCGACAAGGCGUCCUUCUAUAACUGCAAAUUGAAUGGAUUUCAAGACACCCUCUGUGAUGAUAAGGGAUUACAUUUCUUCAAAGAUUGCUACAUUGAAGGCACUGUUGAUUUCAUCUUCGGCAAUGGCAAAUCUAUCUAUGUGAAUACUGAGCUCCAUGUAAUCCCCGGAGACCCAGUGGCAGUGAUCACAGCACAAGCAAGGCAAAGUGAAGCAAUGGACACUGGGUACUCCUUUGUCCAUUGCACGGUGACUGGUACAGGAGGCAACGCACUCUUAGGCAGAUCUUGGAUGCCUUUUGCUAAGGUGGUUUUUGCUUACACAGAUAUGAGCGAUGCCGUCGACCCUAAAGGCUGGUCCGAUAACGUGCAUCCUGAGACUGACAAGACCGUUUUCUUUGGAGAAUACAACUGCAAGGGAGCACGAGCAGACUUCGCUGCCCGGGUUCCGUUCGCUAAGAAGCUCACUGAUGCAGAAGCUCAGCCCUUCAUCAGCCUUGCCUUUAUCGAGGGUUCUAAGUGGCUGCUUCCUCCUGCCAAGGUUUAA